AUGACAGAUUCACAAUUCAAGGAGAACUUCAGAUUGAAUCGAACGACUUACAAUGAGUUGAUACGACAAAUUGGCCCACAUCUACAAAGAGAAGAUACGACCUUUCGAUUAGCCAUUCCUGUAGAGAAGAGAGUCGCUUGUGCUCUGUAUCUAUUAGGCUCCACGUGUGAAUUGAGAACAGCUGCAAAUUUAUUUGGCAUUGGAAGAACAACAGCUGGUCAGAUUCUUCACGAAUUUUGCGAAGUUCUGGUGAACAAUUUCUUUCAUCGAUUUAUCAAGUUUCCCACAACGUCUCAAGAAAUUCAAAACACGGUUAAUGACUUUUACAUUCGGUGCGGAUAUCCUAUGUGUAUCGGCUCUCUCGAUGGCACUCACAUUCCAAUAAAACCACCGACGGGAUUUGAAACCGACUAUUUCAACUACAAGAAGUACCACUCGGUCAUUAUGCUGGCCGUUGUAAAUUCUUCUCUACUUUUUACUUAUGUCAACGUAGGCGCACCAGGAAGAUGCAAUGACUCGUCUGUUUUCUCACGUUCAACUCUAUCCGAUGUGAUCCAAAUGCCGAUAUAUGCCAAUCAUUACAUCAAUAUUAACAAUGUUAAGAUCCAAUCUCAUCUGAUCGCCGAUUCGGCUUUCCCUCUCAAACCUAGCGUGCUGAAGCCAUAUGGAGAAAAACCAAACAUGCUGCGCUCGGAGCGCCUAUUCAACUACCGUCUCAGUCGAUGCAGAUGCUCUGUUGAAAGAGCUUUUGGUUCAAUGAAAAAUCGUUUCAGAUGUUUACACAAAAAAUUGGAAUAUGAUAUCAAUUAUGUGUGCACCCUCAUCAAAGCAACUGCAGUUUUGCAUAAUUUAUGCGUAUUCAACAAUGACCUUAUAGAAAUCGAUUGGGAUAUUCCUCAAAAAGUUUACCGAAAGCCGGCCUGUAAUACACAAGUACCGCAUACAGUUGGCUUACGUGAAGCGAUGGCAGUUUUCUUCGAGCAAAAUCCUUUGUAA